UUGUAAUUUUUCCUAGUAGAGAUCGUGCCGAGUGGGUAGAAUCAGAGAUAAACAGGCACAGAGGAAGUUAGGAAAAAAUGUGCACAACAUAAUAAAUCGUUAAAAAUAGUUUUUGCAACGAAAUAGUCGAUCAUAGUACAUGCGGUUGAUAAAACGCCCCUGAAAAUGUUCAUAAUUAGUGUAAUUCUCUUGAUGAGUUUAGCGAGUGUCGCAAAGGGCCAGGGCGAACAAUUAACAUUAGAAGAAUGCUUCGACAAGUACGAUCGGGGAAUCUACGCCCAUCCCGACGACUGCACCAAAUUCUUAUCCUGCGCCACCACCGAUCCCCUGGAUUGUCCCGCUGGACUCCACUUCAAUCCCACCGAAUUCGUAUGCGAUUGGCCCGCUAAUGCAGGAUGUUUAAAAGUAACAACGCCGAAUCCCGAGGAAACGCCACCGCCUGAAGCAACCGAGCCACCUGGCGAGGACAAACCGAAGGAGACUCCAGAGCAAACGGAGCCUCCGAAGGAGGGUGAAACAGAAAAACCAGAAAAUGUUCAAACGAGUCCCAGUGGUCCACCGGGAUCAGAGAAACCCAGUGAACCUAGUGCGAGUACCUCAAAUCCAAGUUCUCCCAUGGAAACAGAGAAACCCAGUGAACCUGACGCAAGCACUCCCAAUCCAAGUUCUCCUAUGGAAUCAGAAAAACCGAAUGAACCUCCUGAGAGUACACCAAAUCCAAGUUCUCCGUCAGAAUCAGAAAAACCAAGUGAACCUGAAGUUAGUACUCCAAAUCCCAGUUCUCCUAUGGAGUCUGAGAAACCGAGUGAAUCUCCUGAGAGUACACCAAAUCCAAGUUCCCCUUCAGAAUCAGAAAAACCAAGUGAACCUGAUGCGAGUACUCCAAAUCCCAGUUCUCCUAUGGAGUCUGAGAAACCCAGUGAACCUGAUGCAAGCACUCCCAAUCCAAGUUCUCUCAUGGAAUCAGAAAAACCGAGUGAAUCUCCUGAGAGUACACCAAAUCCAACUUCCCCGUCAGAAUCAGAAAAACCAAGUGAACCUGAUGCUAGCACUCCAAAUCCCAGUUCUCCUAUGGAGUCUGAGAAACCAAGUGAACCUGAUGCAAGCACUCCCAAUCCAAGUUCUCCCAUGGAAACAGAGAAACCGAGUGAAGGUCCUGAAAGUACACCAAAUCCAAGUUCCCCGUCAGAAUCAGAAAAACCAAGUGAACCUGAUGCAAGUACUCCCAAUCCAAGUUCCCCUUCAGAAUCAGAAAAACCAAGUGAACCUGAUGCGAGUACUCCAAAUCCCAGUUCUCCUAUGGAGUCUGAGAAACCCAGUGAACCUGCUGCAAGUACUCCCAAUCCAAGUUCUCCUAUGGAAUCCGAAAAACCGAGUGAAUCUCCUGAGAGUACACCAAAUCCAAGUUCUCCGUCAGAAUCAGAAAAACCAAGUGAACCUGACGCAAGCACUCCUAAUCCAAGUUCUCCUAUGGAGUCUGAGAAGCCAAGUGAACCUGAUGCUAGCACUCCAAACCCAACUUCUCUUAUGGAAUCAGAAAAACCAAGCGAAUCUCCUGAAAGUACACCAAAUCCAAAUUCCCCUUCAGAAUCCGAAAAACCAAGUGAACCUGACGCAAGCACUCCAAACCCAAGUUCACCCAUGGAAUCAGAAAAACCCACUGAACCUGGCGCAAGUACUCCCAAUCCAAGUUCUCCCUCAGAAUCAGAAAAGCCAAGUGAACCUGAUGCUAGCACUCCAAAUCCAAGUUCUCCUAUGGAGUCUGAGAAACCCAGUGAACCUGACGUAAGUACUCCCAAUCCAAGCUCUCCCAUGGAAACAGAGAAACCAAGUGAAGCUCCUGAAAGUACACCAAAUCCAAGUUCUCCCUCAGAAACAGAAAAACCCAGUGAACCUGAGGCAAGCACUCCCAAUCCAAGUUCUCCUAUGGAGUCAGAAAAACCUAGUGAACCUGCCGCAACUACUUCCAAUCCAAGUUCUCCUUCUGUGACAGAAAACCCUAAUGCUUCUACCCAGUUAUCAGAGACUUCUCCAAAAUCACCUUCAUCAGAAACGCCCGAAGGGUCACCUAGUGAAGAACCUCCAACGAAUUGCCAAGGAUCAGCAGAAGCUCAGAGCCCAGUCUGCGAGCCCACUCCGGCACCACAAGAAAAAUAUCCUAGUGCAGAGCCAGGACAGCCUAGCAAGCCACCUCUAUGCCAAGAACCAGAAUCCAAAGGACUUCCCGAGUGUCAAGAACCAGCAACGACUAGUAAAUAUCCUAGUGCCGAGCCUGGACAACCUCCUUCAGUUAAUUGUCAAGAUCCAGCGGCUCAAGGUCAGCCUGAAUGUACGGCUACUCAAGCACCUCCUUGUGAUCCAAACAGUGAAGUUUGUGACUUAAUGAAGACUCCGCAGCAAGAGGUUUCUCCUAGUCCCACCGUGGAGAGUCGCUUUAAAGAUACACCUCCGGUCCCAGAAUCUGAUAAGCCAUUGACUGAGGCACCUGCAGGACAACCCAGUCCAGGUAGUCUAACUUUGAAAGAAUGCUUGACAAAGUACAAAUUUGGCAUUUUCCCAAAUCCUUCCGACCCCACCAAGUUCUACAUUUGCACCAAGACGAAACCACUGGAAAUGACUUGCCCGAAAGGUUUGGAAUUUGAUCCGGCCUCUUUCGGAUGUGACAGGCCGAAGCCGACGUCCCCACCUCCUCCACCAGCGCUUAAUUUGCGAGACUGUUUGUCCCAAUACAAACGAGGGGUGUUCUCUCAUCCUACCGAUUGCACCCGAUUCUACGUUUGCUCGAAACAAGGCCCACUCGAGAUGCAGUGCCCCGGAGGGCUGCAUUUUAAUCCCGUUAAGCUCGUCUGCGAUUUCCCUUCCAGACACUGCGUCAGCGAAGCUGCCAAAACUCGAGAUCAAAUUUUCAAGACGAUGAAACAGGACAGGAUAGUUCCGGACGUAAUGGACCGUUGUCCGGAAAAACUGGCAGAGGUGGCGUUCCCUAGCGGAGGCCAAGUGAACUUAGGCAAAGAGCUCACGCCCACCCAAACGCUGCAACCUCCCUCGAUCUACUGGGAAGCCGAUCGCAAAUCAUUUUACACCCUCUGCAUGGUGGAUCCAGACGCACCGAGGGCCAAAGAGUCUAAGUUUAACGAGUGGAAUCACUGGCUGGUCGGGAACAUUCCCGGAAAUCGGAUCGCUCAAGGUCAACCUCUGGUCCAGUAUCUGCCUCCUUGUCCCCAAAGGAACUCACCGCCUCACCGGUACACUUACAUGGUGUUCAAACAGCCGAGCAGGAUCAGUUUUAAGGAGCCAACGAUCCCGGCCAACUCGUUCCAGAACAGGGACGGAUUCUCGUUGAGGAAUUUCGCACAGAAGUAUCAGCUGGGUCAGCCUAUUGCCGGUAAUUACUUUAAAUGUCGAUGGGACAGGUCGGUACCGAAGAUCUUUGAGAAAAUCCAGUACCAACCGCCACAGUUUAGCAUGAGGAUUGGGCCGAACAGGUCCCACUUUAAUUCGUAUUCUUAUUCUUACAGUUUUAGGAUUUAAAUUCUAAGAGUAUGCAUAUGUUUUUGUAAUUAAUAAAUAUAAUAGAGUAAAGAA